GCAACACCGUCACUGUUAUGUGAGUCCGUGUCUGUUCGUUGCUGCUUCAUUUUAGCUGAAGUAGUUAUUUAUUGAUAUCCUUUAUUUAGGCUGUAACUGGUUGGAAGUGUUUCCAGGGUUACACUUAUAACAUCGACGUGGUUGUAUCCUGUCUUAUUAAACUGUGGUACAACCAGAUAAUAACCUAAAACUAGUUAGAAUUCGAUUUGGGCAUCAUAAUGUAACGUGCGUAUAUACAGGUCAUACUGGUCGCCAUUUGAACCGGCUCCCAUCUACACCAUCUAUGGUGAGGCACUGAUAUUAACGUCCAUCUGUCCCCUAACCUGCUCUUACCAUAAAUGAACAGUUAAUUUGCAAUAUUACUUGUAUAUUGAUACGACUAAUUUUAUUGGUAUUUCUAUUGAUAUAACAGUGUGAAAAUAUGCUUUUAUCGUAUAUCAUAAAACCCACAUGAGAAGUGAAGCUCAGGAAUAGUUUCAUACUGAUUAGUGAAGAAAAAUGUAACCUAAUUCCAAAUCACUUUAACAUUGGGAAAGUCUAUUUAUGUAGUUUUUAUGGUAAAAUUGAAGUAUAUAGAGGACAUUGGGGGACUAUGCGAAUCAGAAGGUAGUAUUUAAUGAUAAAAAGGGAUCGUAAUAAAGGAUGAUAAAAUUACAAAAGGUAAUGUGUCUUAACAUAAAUAAUUAAGUUUCACGUUAAUUGCUUCGUACAGUAAGAGAGAAGAGUUAGAGCUCUCAUCACAAACUAGCAUCAUCUACAAUACGAAGCUUGGGCUUAUGAGGUUACAAAGUGUUCAUUCUUUGUAGCUGAACGGGUAGAUGGAAAUAUCUACAAGUCACUAUCUGUCACUAAAUGUUAUUAGUUCAUCACUAAAGUAUAGGACAAACUUUCCACUAAAAAAACUAAUAAAUUACUAUCGAUACUAAGAAUCUCUAAACUUCGUUCCUAGUCGCAAAUCUCAUUUUAUGCUUUAAAAUGUUAAACUGAUGUGAGUGCUGUUUUAUCAGCAUUUAAUUGAUCACAUGUGCCAACAAAUGAAGCUUGUCGUAUCCAGUCUUUCCUGUUGAACAAACAAAUCACUGGCUCGUCUCCACUCAUGUAAGAAGACUUAAAUAGGGUUCUCAAGGUAAUAUAAACGAAUGAGUGUCACUUUAAACGAAGUAAUAAAACAGGUUAUGGGAAUUGUUUGUAGAGAUGAUAUAGUUCAUAUUAUUUUCUACAUUUUUUUUCCUUACAGACAUGAACAAUAAUAGAAUAAUAGCUCAUACAUUCAUACUAUCAUCCGUUACAUCUCCAUGUAGAAAAUAUCUACUUUUUGGAACUAAUAUACAGAAAAUACUAAUUUAUUCGUUAUGUUCGCUGUCCUGUGAUUCACAAAUUGAAGGGAAGCCAGAAUGCAUUAUCAACGUAAAAUAUGCAGGAAAUAUUUACGCUUUAUGUUUCGGGAAGGAUUAUGUUUUCUGUGGGUCAGUUGGUCUGAUUGUUGUAUACAAAUGGACUACACCUACCGACGGCUUUCUGAAAUAUCACGAUACAGUUCAUCUGACGUCGGGAAAUCUUUACGCAACCGUUUCUGAGGUUACCGGGUUGUGUUAUCAUACAGAAAGUGACACUCUUUUGGCAGCAUUGGGUGAUGGAACUAUCCAUACUUUUUUUAUUGGUUGUGGUUUCAAAGAAAAGCUCAAACUUGCUGGACAUAGGUCCACAAUUUAUAAAAUUUGCAGUGUUGGAGCACACGAGUUUGGUACUAGUUCUGAGGACGGUACUGUCUGCUUUUGGGAUCACAGAGUUAUACGGAAUGGGGACUAUAAGGCUUCAUCUGUGUUCAAACCGUAUCUAAAUAGUGAAUUAUCUCGACCCAAGCUUGGGUCUUGGUUAACUACUUUAUCCUGCAAACAGUUCGAAGAGGAUUGGUUUGUUACGGGAGGGGGGCCUAGACUUUCUUUAUGGAGUAGGCGUGCCGGGAGGAAUGUUUCUAUAUUGCACCCUGAAGAGAAUCUUGCAAAUUCGGUAUGGAUUUCGACAUUUUUUGUUGCUGCAAAACAGCCAAGAGAUAAGGAAAAAUUGAAGGUGUAAGAUCCAAAAUUCAUAUUUGAAAGCAGCUUUUCAUCAAACAAGGCGUUAUAUUGGCGGAUUCGUUAAACCUCCUCGAGAUUGGUCACCGAAAGCACAUAUGGAACAAAUGACUUUGUCCUGCACCAUCAAUAGUGCCUCAGAUGUUCCAGAGGGAUAUAAGAUCACGGUUUCUAGAAGCUCCCAAAUGUACGUAGAUUUACUCUUGAUCAUCGGUUGCAUGUCGCAAUUCCACCUCCAUAAAGCGCGCCAGCUCUCAUAAUGGCAAUACGGG